AUGGAUUCCAGGGAACCAGAGAUUGCCUGCGAGUUCCUCCCCUUCCUUCGUGUCUACAAAGACGGCUCCAUCGACCGCCUUGUUGACCCGCCCUCAGUUCCUCCAUCUUUGGAUGACCCAGACACCGGUGUUUCAUCCAAGGACAUUAUCAUCUCACCCGAUACUGGUGUCUCCGCGCGGAUCUACCUCCCAAAGCUCACCAACACCCACCAAAAGCUUCCCAUCUUAGUCUACUUCCACGGUGGAGGGUUUUGCGUUGGCUCUGCUUUCUCUGCUGCUGACCACCGCUACAUCAACACCUUGUCUUCCCAAGCCACUUUGUUGGCUAUAUCAAUUGAGUAUAGAUUGGCUCCCACCCAUCCUCUUCCUACAGCCUAUGAAGACUGCUGGGCUGCUCUCCAAUGGGUCUCCUCCCACUCAACCGGAGGAGAUGAGCCUUGGCUGACCCAACAUGGCAACUUUGAUCGCAUCUUCAUUGGCGGCGACAGUGCCGGUGGCAACAUUGCCCACAAUACCGUCAUGCGCGCAGGCACGGAAAGCUUGCCUAAUGGGGUGAGAAUUUUGGGGGCAUUUCUUUCCCAGCCUUACUUCUGGGGUUCGCAGCCCAUCGGAUCGGAAUCUGUGGAAGAUCAUCAUCAGAAAGUGUCGUAUCGGAUAUGGAAGUUCGUUUGUCCUUCGAGUGAAGCUGGAAUUGAUGAUUCAAGGGUGAACCCCUGCAGUAGAACUCCUGGAUGUCCGAGCUUGUCCAAGCUUGGGUGCAGAAGGUUGCUGGUGUGCGUGGCUGGGAAAGAUGAGCUGAGGGACAGAGAUGUGAGGUACUAUGAAGCAGUAAGAGAGAGUGGGUGGGAAGGGGAAGUGGAGCUGUAUGAGGAGAAAGAAGAAGGUCACGUGUUUCACAUCUUCAACCCUGAAUCUGAAAAUGCUAAAAAUAUGGUCAGCCGUCUGGUUGCUUUUCUCCAGAUGAAGUAAAUGUAUGUACCCUUUAAUCUUUCUGAGCUUGACAGAACCUUGAAUGAGAACUAUGUAUCAUCACCCAUCUCUCUCUCUGUCUUUGCUCUUUCUUGUUAACUUUGAGCUCCAUUAAUCUCUGGUUUUGUGAGUGAGAUUUUGUUAUUUAAAAAAAAAAAGAUGGCUGAGGUUGGGAAUGUUGAGAAUUUUGAAUAAAAAAUCACUGUUUAUGUGGUUGUUCGUUGGA